AUGGAUUCUAACACCUUACAAAGACUACCGGACCUGAUUCAUGGAAUACAAGUCCCAGACACAUACCCUGGCGUCUCCAAUUUCAUAAACACCACAGCUGUUGCAAUCUACGGCGACGCAUCACAUCCUGUUGCUUUUCGCCUGGGAAAUGGUGGUGCUGGUCAUACUGGUAUCCUUCGUCUACUCUGUGAGACCUUCAUCACUUCUCGAGGAGGCGGCUUUUCAAUCGAAUGGGUAUCGAACCACAGUCGGCACUCGCAGGUGGCCUUGCUUGGAGAUAUCGUUCAAGUGGCUUUGACGUAUGAGCCUGCUUACGAGGAUUUGUCUGUUCGUGAGGGCUGGGCCAAGAGGGUGACCAAGGUGUUCAAUGACCAUUUCAUCUUGGUUGGGCCGGAGUCUAAUUUAGCUGGUGUGAUUAUCGACGGCAAGAUCUCAGAUGCCAUGAGAGCUAUUGUGACAUACGGUUCCUCACGUCCACAAGGUCAGAAGACCGGAGUCUUCCAUACUCGAGGCGAUGGAUCAGCAACUUUCUACAAGGAGCUCGCCCUCUUCAAGCGUGCUGGCAUCGAUGUAGUGACGACAAAGUCGUGGAGAGUCACCAAACCAGGGACACCGUAUGAAGCCUUGAUGAGGGCGGAUCGCGAAGGGGCUUACAUCAUCACGGAUCGAGCAACAUAUCUGACAGCCAAGCGUGACGAAGUGUUGGCGAGCACAGUACCGUUGAUCGAGGGUGGUCCCGAACUGCUCAAUCCCUGUUCAGCACUCAUCAAUACUAGAGCUCCCCACAAUGCACGAGCGAGGGAGUUUGCUGCUUGGCUGGGGGGCGAGGAAGUUCAGCAGAUAGUCAGAAGGUACGGGCAGGAGUGGUCUGUCGCAACGCCCAUCUUCACACCUGCGACCCAAGACGAUAUGAUCAGGGCAGAAAGAUUGGUAUCAAAGCUGUAG